GUUGUCUUGGUCACACAAUAGCUUACCAGAAGACAUACAACUAAUGCAUACAAAAAGGCACUAGCUGAAGGAGCAAUGGAUGUUGCUUAUUCACGUGUUCUCUUUCUGGGUACUGCUGGAGUGGGGAAGACAAGCUUUAAACGUUCCCUUAUGAAGUUGCCAUGGAAACCUAACACUACCAGUACUGUCGUAUCAGAUAUUAGUCAAGUUCGUCCAUUUACACACGAGUGGCACACACUCAAAGAAGAUAAAUGGAGAGCUGUAUUGUACGAGGAUGAAAUUGAAGAAUUGGCUGGUUUGAUAUUAGCUGUUUAUAAGAAAGAACUUGAAGGCUCUGAUGCUACUGCAUAUGCUCAUGACGAAAGUUCCCAGUCUGUCCCCGAAACACAUAGCAACAUUAUUCUUGAAGUUGAAAAAAUUAUAUCUGAUGCUUUGUCUUACAUUAAUGAAAAUCCCACUUUGCCAUUAAAGCCACAGCCAUUUCUUAAUUUUUGGGAUUGUGGUGGUCAGCCGCCUUUUCUUGAAAUUUUGCCAGUUUUUCUUACCUCUCGCACAUUAUUCUUUCUUAUUUUUGAUGCAGAGAAAGAUUUAAAGUUAAACUGGAAAUCAGUUAUUAAUAUUGAAGGUGAGAGUUUUGACCAAGAGGAAGUUCAAAUGACGACACUUGAUUACAUGCUCAAUUGGAUGGCUAACAUUCAUGGUCACUUAAUGUCAUAUGAAGAAGAAGGAGGUUUUUGUGAGUUUCCACGAAUGUAUUGUAUUGGCACUCAUGGUGAUCGUGUAAAGGACAGAAAAUCUGAAAUAAAAAAGGAACUAGAACAGCAUUAUCAGGGUAAAGAUUAUAGAGCUUUAAUUGAAGAUACAGUAAUUGUUGAUAAUACCACUUCUGGGCAAAGUGAAGCUGAAGACCCAACUCUUCAAGCUUUAAGAGAUGCUGUCAUUAGCUUCACAGAAAAAAUACUCAUUUUAAAAACACCUCUUAGUUGGAUUCUGUUUCGAAAAGUCAUUCAAGUUCUGAGCAAGAAGUAUAAUGUCAUUAGUUUAGAAAAUGCUUGUAUCAUUGGAGCUGCUAGUAAUAUUCCACCUCAAGAUGUACCUGAUGUCCUCAUGUUUUAUCAUGAACUGGGUGUGUUGCUGUUUUACCCUCAAAUUGAUGGUAUGAAGGAUAUGAUAAUUAUCAAUCCAAGUUAUAUUGUAGAUGCCCUUGGAAAAAUUUUUCCAUUAAAUGUCAACCCUGACCGAGGCAGGCACUGCAAAGAAUGGAAGCUGUUUCAUGAGUGUGGGAUCCUUGUUCAACCACUUUAUGUAGAGCUAUGGAAAGAAUAUAAAGAUGCAUCAUCAGAAAUUUUUCUUAAAGUACUUGUUCAUUUUCGCAUUGCUGUUGAAGUUGAGACAGAUAAAUAUCCUCCUCCUUCCAAGCAAUAUUUCAUGCCUCUUGUUCUCAAAUCAACAAAAGUUAACAGCAGCUCAAUGACUUUACCUUCAGAUUCUAUUCAAGCGGCACCACUUCAUAUUACCUUCAAUAGUGGAUAUAUACCUCCUGGUUUCUUCACUCGUUUUGUGGUUGUACUCACAAACAAAAUGGAACUUUGUUUUGAAAAAGAUAUUGGCAUCUACAGAAACCGUGUCACAUUCCGUUAUCAAGAUCCCGACAGCACCACUAUUGAGCAUGUAAUAGUCACUGAUUGUACUGAUGUCAUUCAGAUUGAUGUACAGCAUCAUCAUCUCGAUCAAGAAGUAGUUUCCUUCACAAAAAUUUGUCCAAAUAUUCGAGUUCUUUUAGAAGAUGCAGCAAAAGAAGUUGAAGAAAUUUUAAAGAAGUGUGCCAGUGGACAGACUGUUGAUAACAAGUCAACUAGUUAUAUAUUUAUUGAAGAGUUUGUUGAUUAUUUGAUAUCAAUAGAUAGACUUGAUGAAGCUGCCAUCAAACUAGCUGAAAUUGUCAAUAAAGAGUCAUUCUUCUCAAAGGAAGGUAAGUCCAAGUUCCAGUUGUGGUACGAGCUGUGUGAGCUGAUAGCUAAGAACCCUGACAAAGUGACUAGUUUAAAUGUAGAGGCUAUCAUUAGAGGAGGAAUAAAACGGUUCACUGACAUGGUGGGUCAGUUGUGA